GAAUGCUGAAAGACAACACAGAAGAGUGCGCUCAUUCUUUUCCGGGCGAUUGUACCAACCACAACAGGGGUGAGAGCUGAGUGACGGCUGGCGAUGGCGAAUCUGUAUGAACCGUGGACGGGUGUAACCGGAUGGCUUUUUACAGUCCAAAUCGCCAGCGCGCGUUUAAGUCAGCUGGUGGAGAAGUUGCGAUCGGCGGUGGCUGAAAGAAUGGUGUCGUCGCUUUCGUGGAUCCGAGAUAUGCAGCGAUGCCUGAUGGAGAUCACAUGGGGAUUGGAGGAGGGGCCGUCCCCCCAUCUGGAAGUAAGCAUAGAUCCGCCACGAUUGCGAGGCUUGAUGUGGUGCUACUAUAUGGAGCUUGAGGAGAGGCAAGCUCUUUGUGCUGAGCUGGAAGGCCGAUGCUGCGAAGACGAUGACGAUAUUGAGGAUGGCAUUCAAGGCAUCGACCCCAUCGCUGACGACGCUACUAAGACCGGCAGCAACAACCACAACGAUCUCGCCUACACCACCACCACCACCACCACCACCACCACCACCACCACCACCAACAACAACAACGACAACAACAACAACAACAACAACAACAACAGCAACAACGACAACGACAGGCCUGUUAUUACGAUGCUGACAGUUGCACAGGCCACUGAUAUUGAUAUCAACGACUACACCGGCAAUGAGAAGACUGUGCACGACGGUGGCAUGGAAGGAGGGGUUCCGCGCUCGUGCGCGUUGGCGAGAUGUACCGACAACAACAGCGACAGUAAACAUAACGAUGCUGCCGGUGUCAACAACAACAACAACAACAACAACAACAACAACAACAACAACAACAACAACGAUGACACUUACGAAGUGGCAAGUGCGAUUGGGGAUUCGUUAUAUUUUGAUUGGGGGGAUGGGCAGUUGGUCGGCGGAAUGAGUGAUUAGUAAACAGGAAGGUUGUGUGGGGGUGUGAGGAGUGAGAUGGUGGCUCGAAGGGGUAGGUUAGCGAAUGCCAGAUAGUAUCAUCGAUCUGUCAUGCAUAUUUUGGUGAUCUCAAUUUGUCAUACGUAAUUGCCGAUCUCAAUUCGUUGCGAAUGUAGCUAAUAUGGGUUUUGGCCACAUGGUGGGGCAGAUGGGGCUGUGAGGAUCGGAUCGGGGCUGUUCCACAAUCGACUGGUGCCCUGCCACGUGGGGAUUGUCACUUCAGUGCUUGCAACCUUUCCUUUGCGAUAAAUUCGCCACGUGGUA